AUGUCUUCUAUCUUGAAACAAAGAGUAAGAUACGCACCUUACCUCAAGAAGCUGCGAACCCCUGAGCAGUGUGUUGAGCUGUUUAAGGAUGGUCAAUAUCUGGGAUGGUCUGGAUUCACUGGUGUCGGUGCACCAAAGGUGAUCCCCACAGCGCUAGCCGAUCAUGUGGAGAAGAACAAACUACAAGGCAAAUUUCAAUUCCACUUGUUUGUUGGUGCCUCAGCUGGGCCUGAAGAAGGUCGUUGGGCUGAAAACAACAUGAUUCUGACAAGGGCUCCACACCAAGUCGGUAAGUCCAUAUCAAGAGGUAUCAAUGAAAACCGAAUUCAAUUCUUUGACAAACAUUUGUCCAUGUUUCCUCAGGACCUGACUUAUGGCUUCUACACUAAGGAGAAGGAGAAUGAUCUCUUAGAUUACACCAUCAUUGAGGCAACGGCGAUAACCGAAGAUGGUUCCAUUAUUCCCGGCCCUGCCGUAGGCGGUUCCCCAGAAAUGCUGUCUGUGUCCGACAAGGUUAUCAUUGAAGUUAACACCAAGACUCCAUCCUUCGAAGGUAUUCAUGAUAUCGAUCUACCUGUCAACCCUCCUUUAAGACAACCAUACCCUUAUACUUCUGUGGAUCAACGUAACGGAAGGGUAGCCAUUCCAGUAGACCCAUCUAAAGUCGUAGCUAUUGUGGAAUCCACUGAAAAUGAUAAAGUGCCACCUAACACUCCAUCCGACGCCAUGUCCAAAGCCAUUGCUGACAACCUGUUGGAAUUCUUGGAGCAUGAAGUUAAGGCUGGUCGUUUACCAGAGAACUUGCAUCCAUUGCAAUCUGGUAUCGGAAACGUUGCCAAUGCCAUCAUCGAAGGUUUAGCCGGCGGUAAUUUCAAGAACUUGUCUGUGUGGACGGAAGUUUUGCAAGACUCUUUCCUCGAUUUCUUCGAAUCCGGUAAGCUGGACUUCGCCACGGCUACUUCCAUCAGAUUGACCGAGUCUGGAUUUGAGCGUUUGUUCGAGAACUGGGACACAUACUCUCACAAGUUGUGUCUUCGUUCUCAAGUUGUCUCCAACUCCCCAGAAAUUAUUCGUCGUCUAGGUGUCAUUGCCAUGAACACUCCAGUGGAAGUUGAUAUCUAUGGACAUGCUAACUCUACCAACGUCCUGGGUUCCCGUAUGCUGAACGGUUUGGGCGGGUCCGCUGAUUUCCUUCGUAAUGCCAAGUUGUCAAUCAUGCAUACCCCAGCUGCCCGUCCUUCGAAGACCGAUCCAACUGGUGUGUCAUGUAUCGUUCCAUUUGCCUCUCAUGUUGACCAAACUGAGCAUGACUUGGAUGUAGUUGUGACCGACUAUGGUCUUGCUGAUCUGCGUGGACUGGCUCCAAAGAAGCGUGCCCAAGAGAUUAUCAAGAACUGUGCCCACCCUGACUACGUCCCUAUUCUUCAAGAGUACUAUGACCGUGCCAACUUCUACUGUCAAAAGAAGAAGUCUCUUCACGAGCCUCACAUCCUACGUGAUGCCCUGAAGAUGCAUUUGAACUUUGAAGAUUUCGGAACCAUGAAGAUCGACAACUGGGACAAGAAGUUCUAA